AUGGCACCAACAACAACAAAGGCGUGGACUGUCCAAGGCCAGGAUGGCUUCGAUUCUCUCAAGUUCAACGAGCAGGCCAAGAUCCCUGAGAUGGGUGAUAUGGAUGUUCUCGUCAAGAUCCAUGCCGCAUCCUUGAACUACCGUGACCUCAUAAUUCCCAAGGGCAAAUACCCCUUCCCCAUGAAGGACAACAUCGUCCCAGGUUCAGACGGCGCUGGCACUGUCGAAUCAGUCGGCAAGCACGUCACACGCUUCAAGCCUGGAGACAAAGUCGUCACCCUCUUCAACCAAGGCCACAUCGCCGGCUCCCUGGACGCUCAAUCCCUCGGCACCGGCCUGGGUGGCGCUGUCGACGGCACGCUCCGCGAAUACGCCGUCUUCUCUGAGCAAGGCCUUGUCCACGCACCCUCCAACCUGAACAUGCUCGAAGCCUCAACCCUUUCCUGCGCCGCCCUCACAGCCUGGAACGCCCUCUACGGCCUCGAGUCGCGCGCACUCAAGCCCGGCGACACAGUCCUGACACAAGGCACUGGCGGCGUCAGCAUCUUCGCCCUCCAAUUCGCAAAAGCCGCCGGCGCACGCGUAAUCGCCACCACCAGUUCCUCCGCCAAAGCCGACAUCCUCAAAAAGUACGGCGCCGACCACAUCAUAAACUACAAAGACACACCCAACUGGGGUGAGGAAGCUGCCAAACUCACACCCGGCGGCAAAGGCGUUCAGCACGUUGUUGAAGUAGGUGGUCCAACGACUAUGGCACAGUCCCUCAAGGCUGUUGCUAUCGACGGCGUCAUCACGAUUAUCGGCUUCAUUGGCGGUAUGAGCAAGGACCAGCCGACGUUUUUGGACUGCUUGAACAACAUCUGUACGGUUAGGGGUAUUUUGGUUGGCUCGAGGCUGCAGAUGGAGGAUAUGAAUCGCGCGAUUGAUGUUAAUGAUAUUCAUCCUGUUGUGGAUGAGAAGGUUUUUGAACUCAAGGACUUGAAGGAGGCGUAUCAGUAUAUGUGGGAUCAGAAGCAUUUUGGCAAGUUGACAGUUAGGGUUGCGAAGGAGUAG